AUGGCAGAUUAGUAAUUUAGGACAGUCCCAUGUCAAUUGAUGAACCGAAUUACCGAAACCUCCAUUGUUAUUUGUCGUCUUCUAUUCAUAGAAAAGUGCUAAUAAACCCACCAAACUCAGGAAAACCCUCAACUCUCUGCUUCUGAGACAACCAUCAAUACACAAAAUCAUGGAACUCUAUCCAGUACGCUGUUUUGGCUAUGAUGCAGUUGUUUUCUCAAACAAAAGUUGAUUGGCAGUGUACAUUAUAUUGUUUAUUGGUAUACUCAAGCAACAAGUUGAGUUUCGAUAAGUUAUUGCCACUAUGACGGAAAUAGUUGGGCCAAGGUUGUACAGUUGCUGCAAUUGCAGAAACCAAGUUGCCCUUCACGACGAUGUUAUAUCCAAGUCUUUUCAGGGGAGAAACGGUCGAGCUUUUUUAUUCUCCCACGCAAUGAACGUGAUGGUGGGUCCUAAGGAGGAUAGACAACUGAUGACUGGUCUUCACACAGUGGCUGAUGUUUACUGUCGCGAUUGUCGAGAGGUAUUGGGUUGGAAAUACGAGCGGGCUUAUGAGGAAACUCAGAAGUACAAGGAAGGGAAAUUCAUUCUUGAGAAGUCGAAAAUUGUCAAAGAGAACUGGUAGUACCAAUGUAAAAUUUCCGAACAAUUUCUUCUGAUCUAGCAAGUAAAUGGAUGGCUUUCUGUGUUUUUCUUCUAUUCCUGGUUGAACGCUCUUCACGUAUUGCUCUUCCUGUGCAUUCUUGUUGUGUGCCUUGUGUGGAUAUCGUACCGGAUGUUAUUCAUUUUGUUAAUAAAUUGUGAAUGGAUUCUCUUA